GUGACGCGUUGCAGGAAGUGUCUGUCGACAUCGGCCAUUUUUGUCAUUGGCCGCGUACUGUACUAACUCUUCUUCCUCAUCUAUUCCGAACUUUGACAGUUCAUUGGUGGUCAUUGUUCACUAUUAAAAUGCUGGGAUGUUGAUCAAGUGUUCAGAAUCAGUCGUUAAACAACAAGAUCUACUGGCAUGUCUGGAUUAAUCGAGUUCUGAAUUGGACUUGUGUUCACAUCAGAUCACGUUGUUGGCCAAUUAUUUAGGCUGUAUUGAAUUGCAUUGACGACCAGCAUGGCAUGCUGACUGGGAAGAAUGAUCAGAUAAUAUUCUAGUACAGCUGCAGGUCAUGCAGUAGACAGCUGGCAGCCGUCUGUUUCGAGGAGUUUUUUAACUUUUUUUUUUUUUUUUUAAUUUCUCCUCGUACACAGACGGCUCGCUAGCGUGCAGCCACCAUUAGGGGACUUGCAAUGCAAAAUCCCCCCGUCGGGGCUCUUCAAUUUUUGUCUUUAAUGAAUAAAAAUUUUGAAAAUUAACGCGACCAAAAUGCAAAUUAAUAUUCCCUCUUGGCAUUAAUUGCCAAAAAACGGAGAAAAGUCAAGUUAAAAGGAACAAAAACAGUGACUUACCUCGGCUGUCGCGCAAAUUCACUUCCCCGUUUUAUCCGAUCUUAAGUACAUAAACAUAUGGCCAUCGAGUCCCCUGUACAGAUCGCGCUAGAACUUCGGUCUCUGUAUUUGGUGAGUGAAGCCAACGGAGUUCAGCUGAACAACCAACAUAACAGAGACCGAAGCUUUUGGUCUAGUCAUGCAGAAUUUGUGUGGGUAGACCUAUUGAAAGAGAAUGGAAAUGGAAAAGAAAGAUAGAAGUUCUGUCACUGAAGAAGAAUUUUUGAGAUUGGCCCAGCUCAUCCCACCGAGGUACUAUUCAGAUUUAGGCAUACAUUUGGGAAUCUCAUCUGCUGAACUUGAUCAUAUCAUUGUCCAACAUUCAUUGGAUUACAAGGAUGCAUUGAUGACAAUGUUCACACGGUGGAGAGAUGAACAGAAUCCAGAUGAAGACAUCAGAGCUCUUCUUGCAGAAGGAUUAGAAAAGAGUGACUUAGGUGGAUUGUCCAAAGAACUUCUAGCUGGGAAUCUAAUCCAGAAAACAUCAGAUGUCAGACAAACAACUGCAAAAACUUCAAGAGCAUCAACUUCAACAGGAGCAGUAGACAUGUCAGUACCACCACAUACUGUCAGUGAGAAAGAACUUUUGAUGUUGUCAAUGGAAAUUGGACCUACUUACUACAAGAGAGUGGGCAUUAACCUGAAUAUCUCCAUUGUAACCCUUGAAAAUAUCAAGGAGCGUAGCCGAGAUAACUGCGAUGCUUUGAUGACAGUAUUCACAAGAUGGAGAGAUAAACAGCUUCCAGACACAAACAUCAGGGCUCAUCUUGCAGAUGCUUUACAAAAGAGUGGUCUAGUGUCUCUGUCUCAGAAACUGAUUCCUAUAGAUCUAUUAGGGACAGGUGCAUCAAUGCCAGCAUCACAGACCCAACCACUCACUCCUGACCUGGUUGAAAGAUGUAGAAAGGAGCUUCAAUCCCAUUACAGAAGAUAUUUCUGUAAGAUAAGAGCUGAUAGUCUUAAUCCACGUUCCCUUGCGCCGUGUAAAGACAUAUAUACACACCUUGUUUUGGAAGAAGAAGAUUAUCGCAAUAAGAAGCGAUCACUCGAAUAUAAGGAUCUCUUCAAACUUGAAAUUAAUGGAGAGUUUCCAAAUCGGAUCAUUAUUCAGGGAGAAGCAGGGGCUGGAAAAACGACACUCUGCGCAAAGAUUGCAUGGGACUGGAUAAACGGUAGUCCUGAUGUUCCUAAGUUUGUAUGGGUACUUGUAAUCCCUCUUCGUGAAGUCAAGCGAUAUACAAUUGGUCAGAUAGUCAAGUCUUAUCUCUCAAAGGACAACCCAGCAACAGCCUGUCAGAUCACCAAUUACAUCCGUUCAAAUCCAGAAAAGGUAUUCAUUGCCUGUGAUGGAUUAGAUGAGUUUAGUGGCAAGGUUGUACAGCACUCUGAAACCAAACAAGAAUUAGAAGGUGCUCAGCCAGAGUCUAAUGAUCAACCAGAUUCAAGCCCAAAAUCAAAGCGACGAAAGUUAAUGGGGCAUAUGUCCUCACGUACACCAAUUGCCCCAUUGAUGCCAAGAGGCAGCAUCUCAGAUGGAAGUGAAAGCACUACUGAAGAAGAUGAUAUCUCUCUAGUACAUAUCCUUCGUUCAGAUGAACUCAGCAAUUGCCCAGUGAUGGUGACCAGUCGUCCAUGGAAGGCCAAUGAGAUAAAGUGGGAUCUCAAUCUAAUGAAACUGUAUGCUUUCAUUCAUGUGGAAGGCUUUAGUAAGAAGAAUGUGGAGGUUUACAUUCACAAGUACUUUAAAGACAAUACAGUCACAGCAGAUCAGCUUAUUCAAAUGAUCAAAGAGAAUGACAUCAUAUCAGAGUAUAUGGCACCCUAUCCUAUCUAUAUAUCUAUGCUCUGUCUUAUGUGGAGAGGACUUGAUGACAAAAAGAAAGAAUUGUUUAAAACCAUUCGAACAUUCUCUGAAUUAUUUCAUGAGAUGUUUGAAUUCUUAAACGUGCAUUAUGUCCAAAAAGAGAUCCAAGAUCUAAGGGGUCCAUCAUUUAAUGACCAUCGCUCUAAAAUUGAAAAACUCAUGGAACCCGUUGCCAAAUUGGCAUUUGCUGGACUGCAAUCGAAUAACCUUAUUUUCAAUGAAGAAGAUCUUGAACAGUACUCAGACUCUGUGAAAACAGCAUGCAAAGUAGGGGUGUUGUCACAGGAGAAUAAGCUCUCAUCCAUUCAUGAUAAGAGCAGACCGUUCCUGCAGUCAACAUUCUUCUUUCCUCAUAAACUAUUCCAGGAGUACAUGGCUGCAGUCUAUCUUGCUUCUCUCUAUGAUUCAGAUUGCACUGAAUUUAAGAGGCUGAUUGAGGAAGUAGUGAUCCCUAGGAAGGAAGAGUUUAGGUAUCUCCUGUACUUCACUGUGUCACAGGACAAAAACAUUGCCAAGUAUAUCACAAAAUGUCUGUUACAACAGUACACCCAAAUCAAAAGCAAUCGUUCACUGGAGAAGGAGAUGAACUUCUUGGUUGAUGUAACCUUUGAGAGUCAGGAUGAAGAUACCAACGCCAUGCUCAGGAAUUCAGUGUCAUCUCUGUCCAUCCGUGUUGAAGACACACACACUGUAGCUGGUUAUGCAUCCACUGGGAUAUAUUCAAAGGCGAUCGAAAUGCAUAUUGGUAGAUCUAAUUUAACUUCCUACGGACCAGGUAUAUCAAAAGAGGUUGCAGUGAUGGUGUGCUCAGCACCAUCACUAAGGGAUGUCUUUAUACUGAAGGCAAGGUUUCACCCUACCUUCUAUGAAACUCUUGCCAGAGAAGGAAGGACAGCCACAGUCCAUACUCUUGUGAUUUGGAAUUAUGAGCCUCUAUCAUCAGCCUCUUCACAUCACCUGGUAGAAGCUUUAUGCUUCCUACCUAACCUGACUAACCUGACACUGAAAGGAGUUUAUGACAAGGAGGAGUUCUGUUCUCAUCUGAAUGAGAAGGCUUCAACCUUGAAGGUCCAUACUCUUCAGAUUGUGAAUUAUAAGCCUCUAUCAUCAGCCUCUUCACAUCACCUAGUAGAAGCUUUAUGCUCCCUCCCUAACCUGACUAACCUGAUACUGAGUGGAGUUUGUGACCAGGAGGAGUUCUGUUCUCAUCUGAAUGAGAAGGCUUCAACCUUGAAGGUCCAUACUCUUCAGAUUCGGAGUUAUAAGCCUCUAUCAUCAGCCUCUUCACAUCACCUAGUAGAAGCUUUAUGCUUCCUACCUAACCUGACUAACCUGAUACUACAAGGAGUUUGUGACCAGGAGUUCUGUUCUCAUGUGAAUGAGAAGGCUUCAACCUUGAAGGUCCAUACUCUUGAGAUUGAGAAUUAUAAGCCUCUAUCAUCAGCCUCUUCACAUCACCUAGUAGAAGCUUUAUGCUCCCUACCUAACCUGACUAACCUGAUGCUGAUAAGAGUUUGGGACCAGGAGGAGUUCUGUUCUCAUCUGAAUGAGAAGGCUUCAACCUUGAAGGUCCAUACUCUUCAGAUUUGGAAUAAUAAGCCUCUAUCAUUAGCCUCUUCACAUCACCUGGUAGAAGCUUUAUGCUCCCUACCUAACCUGACUAACCUGACACUGAGAGGAGUUUAUGACAAGGAGUUCUGUUCUCAUCUGAAUGAGAAGGCUUCAACCUUGAAGGGUUCUUUCCCUCAGAUCAGCAAAGGAAAUUUCAUGUUCAAUGGAGAGCCUCAGAAGGAUCUUCAAUCAUUCUUACAAACACUCAGUGACUACAUGUAUGAGAAACGGGAAAUGGAAACUUCUUCUGAGUCUUCCUCAGACGAAAUUGAAACUUCUUCUGAGUCUUCCUCAGACGAAUAUUUUGAUGCAUGAUGUGACUCUACAACAAUACAGUCAAGAUCUAUACAACGGCAAUCCACAACCAUCUAAUUGAUCUCCAUGACGCGGUCAUAUCCUACAAUGGUUUGUUUCAGAGCUGUGAUAUGUCUGAACCCAUUUCAUUUUUAAUCCAUGGAAUAUUAUUUUGAUGUGAAACCAAUUGUCACCAGAGGCAAAUAUGAAUCAUGAUUUUAAUCCUAAAAUGACUGAUGAGCUCUUUUCAUCCGACUUUCAAAGUGAUAUUUAAGCAUCAGAAAUAGGCCUGGGACGAUUGUCAAUGUUACCAUUUGAUUAUUUCCUGAAAAAAACAAUUGAAUCAUUCAGUCAAUCGAUGUUUACUCCCAGGCCUAUUCAGAAGCAUCAUAACUAAUGAUUUCAUGCAAUGUGGGUUAAGAGAAUUAAAUAUAGGCCUAUAGAUUGUGCCAUCGUCACUGGGUGAUUUUAACAUGAAUUUACCCUUUUUAUGAUAUCAUAAAUAUCAAUUUAAAGUAUUUUGUCCAUGGUAUUCCAAAUUUAUACAUUAUUCUGAACCAAAAUCAAUGUUAAAUCUGUCAAUGCAUUAUCACACCAAACUCUUCUAACAAUGCUUUAUACAACCUGGAAUUCUUUUAUUACCUUCAAUUCUUUUAUCUUUAUCAUACAGAAGAAAGUUACUCCUCCAAUUCUAUUUUUUGUAACCACAAUGAAAAUCGUAGGAAUUACAAUUCAUAAUGAUUUAAAUUGAAAUGCUUGUGUAACCGAAAUAAUGAAAAAAGCAAUAAAAAGUUAUAUAUGUUAAGAAAAUUGAAAGCUUACAAUCUACCUGAAUGUGAUUUGUUAACAGUGUAAUUAGGGUAUGUAAGACCAGUCCUAGAGUAUUGUGUACCUCUAUUCGCUGCUUCUCUUACUUUGAAACAGAUAAAAGUUAUUGAAACUGUCCAGAAAAGAUCAUGCAAGAUAAUAUUGGGAACCAAGUAUCUAUCAUAUAUAUGACAUGGUUUCAAAUACCUCAAAUUUGACAUCACUUGAGAGUCGAAGAGUAAAACUAACCACAGAUUUCGCUUUAAAGUUAGAAAUGAAUCAAUUGUACAAAAACUGGUUACCUCCACUGAAAACAAAUGCUUUCAAUUUAUGACAUAUGAAUAAAUAUGAGGAGAUUCCAUGUAAAACAAAAAGAUUGCAGAACAGUGCUCUUCCAAGUCUGAUAAGAUUAUUAAAUAGUACCACAUGUGGUAAAUAAGUCUGAAAUUUGUGUAAUGAAUGUGUAAUAUUGUAUUAUUUAUAAUUUUAUUUUUAUCCAUUUUAUCUCCAUUUUUAUCUGUAGAGACAUAUAUGUAAUUUUAAUUUGUAUAUAUUCAUCGUUAAUCAUAGUAAUUUUGAUUAUUUUUAUAUAUUGGCAUUAUGUAAAUAUUUCCAAUUCAGACUGUGACUGCCAAUCAUGUAUUUUGCAAUGAACCUGAAUUGAAUUAAAUUCAUCAUAAAGGAGAAAGUCACUCCUUCAAUUCUAUUAUAUUUAUCAUAAAGGAGAAUGUCACUCCUUUAAAUCUUUUAUGUUUAUCAUAAAGGAGAAAGUCACUCCUUCAAUUCUAUGUUUAUCAUAAAGGAGAAAGUCACUCCUUCAAUUCUAUAAUGUUUAUCAUAAAGGAGAAAGUCACUCCUUCAAUUCUGUUAUGUUUAUCAUAAAGAAUAAAGUCACUCCUUCAAUUCUAGUAUGUUUAUCAUAAAGGAGAAAGUCACUCCUUCAAUUCUAGUAUGUUUAUCAUAAAGGAGAAAGUCACUCCUUCAAUUCUAUUAUGUUUAUCAUAAAGGAGAAAGUCACUCCUUUAAUUUUAUUAUGUUUAUCAUAAAGGAGAAAGUCACUCCUUCAAUUCUAUUAUGUUUAUCAUAAAGGAGAAAGUCACUCCUUCAAUUCUAUUAUGUUUAUCAUAAAGUAGAAAGUCACUCCUUCAAUUCUGUUAUGUUUAUCAUAAAGGAGAAAGUCACUCCUUCAAUUCUAGUAUGUUUAUCAUAAAGGAGAAAGUCACUCCUUCAAUUCUAGUAUGUUUAUCAUAAAGGAGAAAGUCACUCCUUCAAUUCUAUUAUGUUUAUCAUAAAGGAGAAAGUCACUCCUUCAAUUCUAAUAUGUUUAUCAUAAAGGAGAAAGUCACUCCUUCAAUUCUAAUAUGUUUAUCAUAAAGGAGAAAGUCGCUCCUUCAAUUCUAUUAUGUUUAUCAUAAAGGAGAAAGUCACUCCUUCAAUUCUGUUAUGUUUAUCAUAAAGGAGAAAGUCACUCCUUCAAUUCUAGUAUGUUUAUCAUAAAGGAGAAAGUCACUCCUUCAAUUCUAGUAUGUUUAUCAUAAAGGAGAAAGUCACUCCUUCAAUUCUAGUAUGUUUAUCAUAAAGGAGAAAGUCACUCCUUCAAUUCUAUUAUGUUUAUCAUAAAGGAGAAAGUCACUCCUUUAAUUCUAUUAUGUUUAUCAUAAAGGAGAAAGUCACUCCUUCAAUUCUAGUAUGUUUAUCAUAAGGGAGAAAGUCACUCUUUCAAUUCUAUUAUGUUUAUCAUAAAGGAGAAAGUCACUCCUUCAAUUCUAUUAUGUUUAUCAUAAAGGAGAAAGUCACUCCUUCAAUUCUGUUAUGUUUAUCAUAAAGGAGAAAGUCACUCCUUUAAUUCUAGUAUGUUUAUCAUAAAGGAGAAAGUCACUCCUUCAAUUCUAGUAUGUUUAUCAUAAAGGAGAAAGUCACUCCUUUAAUUCUAUUAUGUUUAUCAUAAAGGAGAAAGUCACUCCUUUAAUUUUAUUAUGUUUAUCAUAAAGGAGAAAGUCACUCCUUCAAUUCUAUUAUGUUUAUCAUAAAGGAGAAAGUCACUCCUUCAAUUCUAUUAUGUUUAUCAUAAAGGAGAAAGUCACUCCUUCAAUUCUAAUAUGUUUAUCAUAAAGGAGAAAGUCGCUCCUUCAAUUCUAAUAUGUUUAUCAUAAAGGAGAAAGUCACUCCUUCAAUUCUAGUAUGUUUAUCAUAAAGGAGAAAGUCGCUCCAUCAAUUCUAUUAUGUUUAACAUAAAGGAGAAAGUCACUCCUUCAAUUCUAUUAUGUUUAACAUAAAGGAGAAAGUCACUCCUUCAAUUCUAUUAUGUUUAACAUAAAGGAGAAAGUCACUCCUUCAAUUCUAUUAUGUUUAACAUAAAGGAGAAAGUCGCUCUUUGAAAUAGAGGGAAUGAUUUGCUUUUAGUGUUUACAAAUCUUGCCCAUUCUUUCAAAAUUAAAAGUGAAGCCUUCCUUUAUGUUAUUUUCAUGAAAUUGUAUAUGUUGUGAUGAUCAUACAUGUACAUUUUCAUGUUGAAACUGAAAGAGGAAUAUUUGGUUUAUGAUUAAUCACAGUUUUCAAUUCACUUUUUUGUUUGAUGAUUUUAGAGAUAUGAAAUCAAUUUAAUAUGAACUUUGAAACCAAGUUGUAAUCUUUCAGAAUGAAAGGCAGUUCUUUUCACACAAAUAUAUGACCUACCAAUAUAAUAUUUGACUCUCUUCAUAAUAAUAUGCAUAUUCAAUGACAACAUACAAUAGAUUACUUGUUUUCUGAUGCGUACAUACACUGAGUUACUCAUCCAUUCUCAAUUCAAUGUUUAUAUCUAACUUGUAAUAAUGAUAAAGCAAAAUGAAAAGAUACCAUUUGAUUAUGAUAAAGAUAAAAAUUCUUCACCUUUUAGAAGUGAUCCAAAUCAAACUGCUAUUUUUUUCAAUUUUAGAAGAACAGAGGGGCGGGGCAAUUUAAAAAUCGUACAAAAUUGAUUAUACCAUUUGUGAUAGGUCCAUGAUUAUACAAAAUAGAUACACAAGCUCACAAUAGAUUACAUCAUGGACCUAUUGAGUAUGAUUACUCCUUGGAUGAAAUUAAUCUUUUUUCAUCUGUAGCCAUGGUAUCAGAAUGAUUUAUCUUUUAAACAGAGACCAAUAAUCAGUUUCAAGUGUUUCAUCAUAUUUCGUCUUAUUCUUUGCAUUGUUAUAAAAAGCAGAAUGGAUACCCACGGUGUAUGUGAAGAUCAAAUGUAUUAAUGUGUAGAGUAAUAAAUGAUAUACAUGUAUAUAAUGUAAAUUAGAAGUGUACAGUUUAAAAGAAAGUAUUGUAUAUAGUAAACCGAUGUCAGCUGAUUUUUGAUAACUUAGAAUAACAAGAAUUUUGUCAGAUACGUUGUUAUUUGGAUGUUGUUUGAAGGUUUGCAUGGUGGCAUGUACAAUCGAUGAAGAGGUUUAUGGUACACCAUGUGAAGUGUUGUAGAAACAGUGGAUAGAAGAAGAGAAGAAAUGGAUAGGCGAGAAAGUGGAGAUUUGAGAGUAGAGUAUUCUUUCUUGAAAGUAGUCCUGAAAAGGACUGUAAACCAGGAAAGGUUGAAGAGUUGAGAACAGCUUGAGUAGUAGAGCUAAUGAGGAGAUGCUGGCUUGAGUCGGCGAGUAGAGAUGAUGAGUAGUAGAGAGACUCAACGUUUCGGACAGGUUGACUGUCCGUCUUCACUCCUGAAGACGGACACAUGGUGUACCGUAAACCACUUCAUCGACGUUGUUAUUUGUUAACUGUUUAUAUCUCACUAUUAUCCAUUUGUACAGUGCGUAUCAAAAAAGGCUUACACUUUGAAAAAGCCCUGGGAAUUAAAAAAUAUCCAACAUGUUGGUAAUUUUUUUCACAUACAAUCUUGGGUUUGGGUCUCAUCUAUCCAAAGAAAGUAAAAGUUUUGACAGAA